GAGGCGAGCCCGCUCCCAGCGCCGGGCGUGGCCGCUGGGAUCCAGGUGCCGCUGGCUGACUGCCUGGAGGCCGCCUGGGACGCGAGGGAGGCCGCGCGCGCGUGCCCUUCGCCCUGCCACCAGUGCCCUGUCUGCGACGAGGAUUGCGGGCCGCGGCCUUCCCCAGCGUGGGAGGCGACGGUGUACGUCGGGGUGCUGCUGGCCUCCGAGCUCCUGCGCGGGGGGCUCUCGCUCGCCGCGGCGGCCGCCCGACUCUCUUGUCGGGGCCGCGUUUGGCAGCCCGCGCUGGACGGCGACCUCCACGUGAACGUGCAGCACCCUAUGCGGGCGGAUUCGCCUGACCAGCGCGGGCGGCAGAUUUGGCGGGCUGGGCCGCGGCACGUGAUCUCGGUCAGCGAUGAGAUUUUGCAUUGGUGCGACGAGCCUGUGGCGCGGCUCGCGCCCAAGCGCAUCGUCGUGGCGCUUUCAUCCCGAGGGCAUGAGCACCGCGCGGUGCUCACAUCCGACUUCGAGGUCUACGUCGAGGAUCGUGUCGCGGGGAACACGGACAUCCGCAACUGGCGGAAGGAGGGGGGCCCUGGCGCAACCCCGUUGGAUGCCCCCCCUGGGCUGCGACGGUACGACUUCGCCGCCACGCCAAUGGUCGCCCAGCUGGCCCGAGCCUUCGCGCUCCGAGCUGCGAAGACGGCGGAGCUCGGGCGCGGCCUGGGCGAGGGCGUGCCCGCGGCGAUCGGCGGCUCUGCUGCAGCCGCCGCCGCCCCCGCCCCAGCAGCCGCUGGCGGCGCGGCGUGCGCCCGCGCAGCUGGCGGCGGGCUCGCGGGGAUGACUGCCUUGGCCGCCGCCGCCCCCGCCGCCGAUGGAUACCGCCUCGCCGCGCCCUGCGCAGAUGGGCACAACAACAAGUUGGUCUCCUCACGGCUGUUCGUCAAUGACGGUGAUGAGCAGUGUUUCUUCACGGAGAUGCAGUCCGACAGAGAGUUCACUGUCUGCCUCGCCCUGUCCGAGUGGAUCUCGAAGCAGCUGGUUGCCGAGUCGGCCGCGCUCACCCGGGCCCGCGUCGGCCCUGCGAAGCAGGUCCGCGACCGCAGCCGCGGCUUGGUUCUUGCGCCCCAGCUGCCCCUUGCGGGCGCCGCGCACGUCGACAACUACCUCGUUGCAGGCCCGCAGCGGGCCGAGGUUCAGUCCGCGGGCCGCCGGGUUGAGCGGGGGCCCUCCUCGCUCGGCUUUGUCGCCCACGAGCAGCCCGCCCCCCUGGCCGCUGGCGCUGGGACCCUGACGGCCAUCGCCCUGCAGGUGGCAGAUGCGCGCCAGCGGGAGGGCCCGAACGGGGAUUUCCUGAUGGGUCUCACCUACCUCGAGCCGACGUCUGUCAGCACGGCCACGCUGUGGGGCUACCCGCAGACGGCGGGCGCCUUCGCCGAUUGGUGUGCCGGGCUCCCCCUGGACUGGAGCAGCUCGGAUCCGCUGGACAUGAUAGUGGUGACCUACGCCGACUACGUGUACCUUCGCGGCCACAGCGGGGAUGGCGCCUCGCGCGAGCUGGCCACCGCCCUGAUGCGGGGCUUCACGUGCUACCUCGGGUCCUCGGAGUACGGCCGGUUGACGGCGGUGCAGGGCGCCUCCCUCAUCGCGGCGGGCGCCGUGGGCGAGGGUCUCGCCGCGCUGCUGCUGUAUCCCAGCGAGAUGGGGCAGCCCGCGUGGGCAGGCCUCUGGGAGCUCACAGUGGCGAUCGACACCGUCGUCCGCGUGGCCCCGGCGAUGGGCGCCGCCCUGCCGCAGAUUUUCCUGCAGGGCGCGCCGCUGCCCGAGCUCUGCCCGACCUGUCGCGGGCAGCAGAGCUUGCAGGCGCCUGCCGCGCCCGCUGGGCCCUUCGGCGUGGAGCCGAACUGCCCGCUCGUGGAGCCGCUGGUCUGCCCGCGGCCGACGGAGGGGCCGUUCGAGAGCGGCUUGAGCCUCGGCCCCUUCUGGACGGCGGCAGCCCCGGGCGAGCCGUUGCGCCCCGUCGCAGCGGAGCAGGGCUUCUGGAAUAGAGGGGCCUUAGGCAGUCGCGUGAGGGUGUCGUACUCAGACGACGACGUGGACCACGAGCGCUAUUUGGUGUGGCCGUCCAGGCGAGUCGAUGACGGCAUUGCCCAGCAGGAGAGCGUCUGGCGGGUGCUGUCGCCCGACGAUGACUUGUGGCGGGAGCGGCUGGACGGCGGUGACCCUGAGCAUGCCCCGAGUGGGGCUGUCCCGGUGCCGUCGUCUGGCUGCCCCCACAUCGCUGGGCGACGGCUGUGCCGCUUCAGAGCGCGACCAACCCUGGACCGCCUGGCGCAGCUGGCGAAAGGGUGCCGUGACAUCGAGUCCGCCCUGGGCCAGGAGCCGAGCGACUGGCCACAGUCCGUGAUGACGGAGACGGGGGAGUUGUUGGGCCUGGGCACGGUGAUGGGCGCGCCAGCUCGAGAGCUCCCAGCGCUUGGAGACAUCGGCGCCGAUGACGAGAUGAUCUGGAUGCUGAUGGAACCAGGCGGUGGCAAGGCGCUUGGGGAGGAUGUGAAGAUGUCAGGGAGCGACGUCAUGUUGGGAGGCCACGGUCUGAAGGUUUUCGGAACGGAGGUGCGUCGGGUGGCCCGCGCGAAGGUCUCGGACGCGCCUCGGGGAGAGCAGCUCACCCGUAUUCGUCGUGCCCUGGGGACUGAUACCCCACCAGGGGAGCCUGCAGGCGAGGAUGGCGUCCAGAAGCACCUCGGGCUCGGAGAUCGGGCUGCGGAGGCCACUGCAGGUUCGGGCGAGGCUCUCGGAGGACACACCGUCGAGGACGUGAGAACGUUGGCGUUGGACUACGACGGCCACGGCGAGAGGCACAAGGAGCGGAGGAGCGUCGUCAGCGAGAUCAGGGCCGAGUCGUACGCCGAUGACUCGAUCGAGGGCCCCGUGUCGGUGGUCUACUUGGCUAAGGCGAUGUACCGCAGCGGCGGAGACCCCAUGCGAUGGCUGGCCGAGUGGUCGCGAGUCCUGUGCCACGCGUUGCUGUUGGCAGGGGGCUACGACCAGCUGAGCCUGGGAGGGCUCCGAUCGAUGGAGCGGCUGGCCAGGCGCAUCCAGGUGAUCACGGAUGCCCACGCAGUGCCUGGGGCGCCCGCGAACUGGCGCAUGGCUCGGUACUUGACGGGCGAGACGGGGCCGAGUGACGCGGUGGCCCCUGAGCUGCGUAGCUUCGGAGCUAAGAAGGCGAAGGAGGACGCGGAGUUCUUGAACGCUCCCGUCAGGGGCCUCACAGGGGCCGGCCGUGCCCCACACGAUAAACGAGGGGAUAGCCCGACCAGCGGCGUCGACUGCGCAGGGCUGUCUGGGUUACUUCCCCAGGCGGGCGCCCGCGACAUCUUCCCGCUGCCGCUGCAGGAGGAGGUCGAGGGCGUCCUGGGAGCAGGACAUCGAGGAGGGCGUGAACGCCGACGGCUUCUACAUGUGAAAGUUUUGAACGAGGCCAUCUCGAGCAUCAACUGGCUGGCAGGUGCGAGUGUGGGUUCCUCCACGCCUCUCCUGUCGGACAUGCAGCUGGACGUCAUCAAGCGCACCGAUGGGCAGGUGUAUGACAUCGUGCAGCCGAUGCGGGGCGAGCAGCUGCAGCCGCCGUAUUCAGCCCUACGGGAGUUGAAGCGUGGGAGAUCGCCAUACCUGGGUGGUCCUCCCGAGGAUCUGCUUGCCCCCUACCGACCUGGGCUUCCCUCGCUUCCCGACAGCAUCAGCGAGGCACCUCAGCUUCGUGAACUUCUACGGGGGCGAGCGCGCCAGUUUGUGGAGGGGCAGGGCGAGCGCAUGCUGCGCGACCUUGAUGGCGUGAAGGAGAUGCUGGCGCGGUGCCCGCGGGACGUGGAGUUCUCAGUGGGUGUGGCGGACGUGAAGGACGCGUUCCAUCGCAUGCGGCUGCCAGCCUGGAUGAAGCGGCUGCUCGGCCUUCCCAGUCUCCGAGCCGGCGACGUCGGGAUCCACGGGGGUCGGCUGGACGGCGAGGUGCUGGGUUUCGACGACCUGAUCUAUCCGAUCCCCGAGGCGCUGCCGAUGGGAUGCACGUGGGGCCUCCGCCUGUGCCAGAGUGUGACAGAGCUUCGAUGCCAGUUUGCUCCCGCCAUCGCAGGGAGUGCGCCCUUGAGCGACCUGGGGAAGCCCCUGGUCUUGAAGAUCGUCUGCGGGACCGAGCAGGUGGAGCACUACGUGUACGUGGACAACAUGGGCGUCCUGGGCCAGAACGGGGAGCGCGUCAGCAACAGCCUCGACGAGCUGGUGCGAGCUUUCGAGGCGGUCGGCCUCAAGGUCCACGGGCGAGAGGUCCGCAGCGACGGGAUCGAAGUGCUCGGGGCGGUGCUGGACGGCCAGAGGCUGCAGACGCGCCCAUCGCUGAAGCGGGUCUGGAGGGUGCGGCAGGCGCUCGUGGGAGUGCUACAGAUGCGGGCGGUGCGCGGGCACGACCUCCGCGUGCUGCUGGGCCACUGCGCCUAUCUUGGGCUCGUUCGGCGGCCUGUACUAUUGGUAUUCCAUGCAUGCUACCGCCUCGUUUCGAAAAUGCAGGAAGAGUGCGCGCCUCUCUGGAAGAGUUGUCGAGAGGAGCUCGAGGCUUUCAAAGGCCUGCUGCCCGUGAUCGUGUCUGACUGGUGGCUCCCAUACAAUAGGUGGGUUCAGUGUUCGGAUGCCUCUGAGACUGGCUACGGGAUAUCUGGGAGCUACUGGGACCUCGAGUCUUUAAACGCGAAAGCGGGGGAGGCGAAGCUGUGCGUGGACGAGGGUGAAAAGUGGUUGAUCGAGACCACGUUGCCCGAAGGGGAUUACGAGUUGGACCCCGACUUCUCGGAGGUACUCCUUGUAGAUAAUCCUGGGGUGGCCCUGGCGCUUGCCAGAAGUAGGGGUCGCCUGCUCCUGAGGUCGCAGCCGCCCAUCGAGCAGCCGCAGGAGCGACGGGCGAGAGUCCUGACCCGCGAGGCGGCGAGGCCGCCUGCCUCAGCCGCGCUCCAGAACCAGAUCGGCGGCCAGCGGCCCGCCGAGGCGAAGGGCCAGGCCACGCCGAGCCUGGAGGGGGCGGGCGCGGACGCGAGCUGCGACGCCCGAAGGCGCACAACUGGAAAACGGGGACGAUCAGCCGUGCCGAGCUCGAGCGGCACUACCAGCGAAUCCGAGGCCGCCACCGCUGCCAAGCGCCAGAGGACACUGGGGAGGCGGGUCAAGCGGCGACAUGCGGCAGUGUCACGGGCGAUCGAGGACGGAGUGCCGAUCGGACGCUACUUGGAGUCGAGCACGGCGACGCCGAAGGUACGAGCACAGCACCACAGAGUGUUAGAGCAGAUGAAAGACCGAUGUGGCCGCCAGGUUUUGUUCGAGAUGCCGUCAGAGACUCUGGAUGUAUGUAUGGUACACUAUUUCACGACCUUGUACCUUGAAGGGGAGCAGGCGUCCACGGGCAUGUAUGUGGCGGCGGCUGUGAACCAUUUCUUCCCGAAGUAUGGGAGGUUGGGGGCCAGUGCACUACCCCGUAUGUGGAAGGCGCUGAAGGGCUGGAAGAAGCUCACGCCUGGCCGUGCCAGGAUGCCCGAGCCGCUCAUUAUAUGGCGUGCCCUCAUGCAUGGUCUGGCCCUGCGGAACCAGCGCAUGAUGGCAGUGUUUCUGGCGUUGGCAGUGUCGACCUACUUGCGCCCGUCUUCGCUCUUCCGACUCCGCCCUGGGGAGAUUGUCAAGCUUGGGGGUGGUUGCCGCUUCUGGGGGCUGCUGAUGCACCCGCAGGAGAGGGCCACCCCCGACAAAGUGGGAGAGUUCGACUUGAGUGUGAAGCUGGACUCGUCAUGGCUGCUGUGGCUUGGGCCAGUGCUGGAGGAGCUGCAGCGGCAGGACCCGAGGAAGCCAGCGUGGCAGUUCGACUACCCGCAGCUGCUGCGGGAGAUGCGGUCCACUUGCGACACCCUGCAGCUAGGGCGGAUCACGCCCUACCAGGCCAGGCACUCUGGUGCGAGCAUAGAUCGCGCCAGCAACGAGCGGAGCCAGGCCGAGGCGCAGAGGCGCGGGGGCUGGCGGCAGCUCAAGAACAUGGCCAGGCACGAGAAGAGCGCGCGGCUCGGACAUCGCGAGCAGCAGCGCACGGCGGUGAUGGUGGCGUACGGGGAGCAGUGCCUGUGCGAGCUGGAGCCCGCCUUGCUGUGGGGCCGUGCGGUGAUCCUCAUCGGGGACGAGCUGACGAGCGUCGGGCAGCAGCUCGCUUCCCACGGCGUGCCUGGCUGGUUGUGGCAGGCGAGCGUGCUGAGCGAUUGCGUCCUGGGUGCCGGCUUAGUCGGAUUCGAGCGCAUGUUCGGCCGCUUCUGGGGCUCCCGUGGGGGCCGGCAGGAGCGGAUGUUCCAGAG